UAUCACAACGACGCGCGCUUGGUCAGCGAUAUAAAUAUAAGACGAGAGCUUCACUUAUUUCAUUAGUUGUAUGUCGGAAGCGGACAUCGCUAUGUCGAAUUACGAUUCCCUGCUGCUGCUGUCACUUGCGUUCGCGCUGCUUCUCGCCCAUGGUGAUGCGGCACGAAUACCCCGACAAGAACCCACGACGACGGCAGAGAAUUGCGGUUACAAGGCUUGCCAUGCCGUUGACCCGAACAAACUUAACAUUCACUUGGUCGCACAUACUCAUGACGAUGUCGGCUGGUUGAAAACUGUAGAUCAGUAUUACUUCGGAAGUCACUCCAUGACCCAAAAAGCCGGCGUGCAAUACAUCCUCGAUAGCGUUGUCCAAGCACUGCUGGCCGAUCCCAAUAGGAGAUUCAUUUAUGUGGAGACUGUUUUCUUCUGGAAAUGGUGGCAACGGCAGAACGAAAAGGUGCAGGCUGACGUAAAGAUGCUGAUCAAUGAGGGACGAUUGGAAAUCAUUGGAGGGGCAUGGAGCAUGAACGACGAGGCUACCACUCACUACCAUUCGAUAGUCGAUCAAUUCACCUGGGGAUUCAGGCGACUCAACGACACAUUCGGUAGCUGCGCCAGGCCACAUAUAGGAUGGCAAAUAGAUCCUUUUGGCCACUCCAGGGAACAAGCUUCUCUAUUCGCGCAGAUGGGAUUCGACGGAAUGCUCUUCGGUCGUAUCGAUUAUCAGGACAAGGCCAAAAGACUGCGCGAGAAGUCGAUGGAAUUCAUCUGGAAGAGCAGUCCGAGUUUAGGUCAACGAGCGGAUUUGUUCACGGCUGCGAUGUUCAACACUUACAGUCCACCACCGGGAUUCUGCUUUGACGUUUUGUGCGCGGACGAGCCGAUGAUCGAUGACCCCGAUAGCCCGGACUACAACAUUGAUGCAAGAGUGAAGAUGUUCAUGAAGUACGCACAACGUCAAGCGAGUGCCUACAAAACUAAUCACAUUAUUCUCACUAUGGGUGAUGACUUUAACUAUCAGCACGCGGAAAUGUGGUUUGGUAACCUGGACAAGCUGAUCAAAUAUACGAACGAUCGCAAUGGUUCUACGGUCAACGUACUUUACUCGACACCCUCGUGUUACCUGAAAGCACUGCAUGAACAAGAUCUCCGAUGGCCGACCAAGAGCGACGACUUCUUCCCGUAUGCGAGCGAUCCUCACGCCUAUUGGACAGGCUACUUCUCGUCGAGACCGACAGUGAAGUACUUCGAGCGGAUGGGAAAUAACUUGCUGCAGGCAAGCAAGCAGCUCGUCGUACUGACGGAUCUGAAGGAUCACGACAAACAGUUGGAACAUUUCCGCGAAGCUAUGGGAGUGAUGCAGCAUCAUGACGCUGUUACUGGCACCGAGAAGCAGUUGGUCGCAGACGAUUAUUCACGUAUAUUGUAUAAGAGUAUGCAUUACGCCGAAGACAUCUUGUCGGAAGCUGUAGGGAAAUGGUCAAGAAGAACGCUAAAUUUGACGAUGUCCACAUGCUUGGAGCUGAACAUUAGCUCCUGCGUAUUCACCGAGGGAAGUGACAAGUUCCUAGUUACGGUUUACAAUCCUCUAAGUCGACCGAUUCCCACUUAUGUUCGCCUUCCAGUUGAAGGAAAUGCUUAUGAUGUUCAAUUGGUUGGUCAAAACGAUGAAACGUAUCCGGUUGGGAGUACAACGACCCAAAUAGUUCCGAUUCCUCGAAACGUUCGAAAUAUCCCAGGACGAAUAAGCAAAACGGAGAACGAACUUGUCUUCCGUACUGACAACAUUCCUCCCGUCGGUAUGUUGUCCUACCUCAUCACUAGAAAACAGCAGAAAAAUACUCCAGAGGUUCAACCAGAGAAUUUCAUAAGCAGUGAGUUAUACAAUAUAUCCAUCAACAACGAUGGCAAUGUGGUAGUAAACUUCAACAAGCAGAAGAACAUGAACUUCGUACAGUCCUUCCAUUACUACGAAGGAGCGGAGGGUGAUAACAAGGUUUUCGAAAAUAGAUCGUCCGGCGCGUAUAUCUUCAGGCCCAAAAACGAAUCAAUCAAUAAUUUCAUCUACACUGGAUCGUACGAAAUUUACAAAGGUCCGGUUGUGCAAGAAAUUCAUCAGACGAUAAACGAAUGGGUUAGUCAAGUAAUCCGAGUCUAUCUAGAAGAGGAACAUGUCGAGUUUGACUGGCUCGUUGGGCCAAUACUUGUAAAAGAUAAAAUUGGCAAAGAGAUUAUUACCAAAUACACGAGCAAUUUAAAAACGGAUGGAGUAUUCUAUACGGACAGCAAUGGAAGAGAAAUGUUGAAGCGUGUGAGAAAUUACAGACCAACAUGGGACCUAGAGUUGCACGAGCCAGUAUCUGGGAAUUAUUAUCCAGUGACCAGCAAGAUUGCUAUCAAAGACGAGGAGAAGCAAUUAAAGCUCAAUGUCCUAACCGAUCGUGCUCAAGGUGGAAGCAGUAUGGACGACGGCGCCGUUGAACUGAUGAUUCAUCGAAGACUUCUGAAGGAUGAUGCUUUCGGUGUCGGCGAAGCGUUGAAUGAGUCUGCGUAUGGCGAAGGUUUGGUAGUAAGGGGCACGCAUUAUCUCUUGGGAGGUGGAUUGAAGAAUUUGGAUAACUUCGUAUUGAAGGAGAAAGAGUUGGCCCUUAAAUUGGCCCUACAUCCUUGGAUCUUAGGUUCGCCCGUCCUCAAUAAUCUUGAGGACAUCCAUAAUACAGACAAGACCUUUGUUUCGGGGCUUAAUAAAUUACUGCCACCGAACGUGCACAUACUUACGUUAGAGCCGUGGAAGGACGAUACAAUUUUGUUAAGACUAGAACAUCUCUUCGAGGUCGGCGAAGCGCAGCAGAUGUCUCAACCUGUGGAAGUCAACAUACAGGAUCUAUUUUCAACAUUCUCCAUUCUGUCGAUUGAAGAAACCACGCUUGGUGCUAACCAGCGAUUGAGCGAUAUGAAUCGUAUGAAAUGGGAACCAGAAACCAAUGAUAUUCUUCAGGAGAUAGAACAAAAUAUGCAACCUGUGCAAAUUCAAGACAAUGUAGUCAAUGUUCUCUUAAAGCCGAUGGAAAUACGUACUUUUAUCCUGACUGUGAAACGUAAACCUCUUUAAUUUUUAUUGAAAUGAUCUAUUUUUUUCUGAAUAUUGAAUUAAUUUCAUUAUACUUUUCUACUAUUGUACAUAUGCAAUUAUUAUUAAGAAAUAUAAUUACAUAAUACAAGGCAAA